CAAGUAUCGAUACUCCACCCUUCUUGGUCAUGCACAGUCAGUGUACCUGGACAUGAUCUGAAAUGCUUAAAGUUAAACCACCCACCUUAAGCUCUUAUUCUUCAACAUUGCUUUCGCUUUCAAAGCAUUGUCAUUUAAAUAUUCCUACUCCUAUUCAAACUAAAAGAGCCACCGGCUACCCAACUCUCAUGGCGACUUUGUCCGGCGUUUCCACUCAGAAAGAUGCCGUUUCCCAACAAAAUGUGUCGACCCAGAACAGCAAUCGGCCAGUACAGGUUGCUCAGCGCUUGGAAAAAUUCAAAACUACAAUUUUUACACAAAUGAGUAUGCUUGCUAUCAAACAUGGAGCCAUAAAUCUUGGCCAGGGCUUCCCCAACUUUGAUGGUCCAGAUUUUGUUAAAGAAGCAGCAAUUCAGGCUAUUAGGGAUGGGAAGAACCAAUAUGCCCGUGGAUUUGGAAUUCCAGAGUUUAAUGCUGCAAUUGCUGCCAGAUUUAAGAAAGAUAGUGGACUAGUGGUGGACCCUGAAAAGGAAGUCACUGUUACCUCUGGGUGCACAGAAGCCAUUGCUGCAACCAUAUUAGGUUUGAUCAAUCCUGGUGAUGAGGUGAUCCUUUUUGCUCCUUUUUAUGAUUCUUAUGAAGCCACCCUCUCCAUGGCUGGUGCCAAAAUCAAAUGCAUCACAUUGCGCCCUCCUGAUUUUGCUAUCCCCAUUAAUGAGCUCAAGUCCGCAAUCUCAAAGAAGACUCGUGCAAUUCUUAUGAACACUCCACAUAACCCCACUGGAAAGAUGUUCACUUGGGAAGAACUUGAUGUACAUCAACAAAUUUCUUCGAAUUGGUCAUAA